UAAAAAAAUGUUUAAAAAGACACUCAAGCAAACUCAAUCACACAAUUUAAAAUCUUCGGAUCGUAGAAAAUUAUUAAAACAAUUACAAGAACAAUAUCGAAAUAUUCCAGCACCUUCUAAUGCUGAUGAUGAAGAGGGUGGUAGUGCUAGUAGUGAUGAAAUAAAUCCAUGGAGAUUACUCGUACCAACAAAGAAUCAAAAUGUGGAAUUAUCAAAGUUUGUUAUUUAUCAUCAAACUGCUGCUUCGGAGGCAAUUUUAGAGGAAAUUCAGGUCGGAAAGAAUGUUCCUAAUAAGAAAAAGAAACAACAACAAUUGCAAAAACAACAAUUGAGAGCAGCAUCAGAUGUUCAAACUUUUAAUGUAAUUACUGUAGAUAAUGUUCCAAUGUUCUUUUCGAUUGAAAAAGAGGAAAUUUACUAUCCAACAAUAUUUGCUCUUCAAAUUGCACCUAAUUUAGUGGAUACUAUUUAUAUUGCUCAACCAGUUUCUCAUUAUCUUUUGCAAGGUGCUGAUUUAAUGAAACCUGGUGUGAGUAAAAAUCAAAAGAAUCAAAAUAUGAAUUUAAUUGGAGGAGAAAGAUUGAAUAAUAAGGGAAGUCAUGGAGGAAUUGGUCCAUUCAAGAAGGGUGACAUUAGAAGCAUUCAAGUGAGAGGAAAUCCCAUCCCAUUUGCCAUCGGUGACAUGAUUAUGGAUUUUGAUGAAUUUUCAAAAGCAGAUAAGGGGAAAUGUUUUGAAACAGUUCAUAUUUUCAAUGACUUUAUGUGGCAAUUUGGCGUGAAUCAUGCCCCUUCGACAUACUCUCAACCAGUUGGAUUUACAUCACAAAUUAUUGAAAUCUUAUCUGUGGAAGAAGAUGAAGAUGGUGAACAGCCAACCACUGAAAAGGUUGAAGUGACGCCAUUGGCUACAGAAGGAAAGUCAACUGUAGAAGGUAGUGAUGAUGAAGCAGAGCCAAGUGGUGAAGGUUCUUCUGAUAUCAAGCCAGAAGAGAUGGACUCUCUCUUGGAAUCAUACUUCCUCACUGCUUUAAAGAGUAGUGUUGAGGAUGAUCAAUUACCAAUGGAAGGAAGUGGAUUCUAUACUAAAAUGUUUGAAUUUAGCGAGGACAUAGUUUUGGAUAUUAAGAAAUCAACAUACAAGAAGUGGAGUAAAUUCCUCAAACAAAUGCAAAAGGAAAAUCUUGUCAAGAUGAAGGAUGUUAAGGGAACUUUCUUUGUGACAAAUAUCAAUAGAAGCCAUCCAAAAUAUUUGGCAGCUAGAGAACUUUCCCGAUCAUCCACAUAA